AUGGCUGCCCAUCGUCUUGCAGUAGCUUUCUUUGCCUUCGUCGCCGUCUCCCACGGAACUCCCACCGUGCAAAUUCGAAAUGGCACCUAUCGAGGCGUCUUCAACUUGGAUUUUGAGCAAGACUUCUUCCUAGUAAUGCCCUUUGCUCAAACACCCGUCGGCGAUUUGCGUCUACGUAUUCCGCAAUCCCUCAACACUUCAUGGACUGGAACACGGAAUGCCGAUGCCUACUCAUCGGCAUACAUUGGCUACAGUUCCCCAGGGAAUGAGCUGGUCCCAGAAGAACAGAUGUCAGAAGAUUGUCUGACCAUCAACGUCAUUCGUCCUGCCGGCAUUCUCCCCAACGCAAGCCUGCCUGUGGCCGUUUGGAUUCACGGCGGUGUGCUGGUGGAAGGCAGCUCCCGUGAACCUAGCUACAACCUCUCUUUCAUCGUUCAAAAGUCGGUUGAGAUGGGUUACCCGAUCAUUGCAGCUAGCAUGAACUACCGCCUUUCUGCUUGGGGAUUCUUGUACGGCAACGCAAUGGCUAAAGAAGGAAGCGACCACCUUGGCUAUCGCGAUCAGCGUCUCGCCCUGCACUGGAUUCAGGAGAACAUUGGUGCUUUUGGCGGAAGCUCCCAAAAGGUGACCCUAUUUGGCAAAAGCGCGGGUGCAUGGAGUGUCGGUGCACAGCUCUUGGCCCACGGAGGCCGAGACGACGGUCUAUUUCGUGCGGCGGUGUUGCAAAGCGGCGCUCCUAUCUGGGCUGAGCCUGACCAUACUUUCACUGCCAAUAACUGGGAACCCAUUUACCAGACUGCAGCAGAGAGUGUCAAGUGUGGCAACAUCACUGACACUGUGGCUUGUCUGAGGAAUGUCCCGGUCCAGCAACUCAGUGAGGCUUUCAGAACGUCCUUGGCAGCUUUGAGCUUUGAUCUUGGUCAUUACGUCGACGGCGAUUUCUUCGAGACCUCUACUCAGGUUCAACUCAGCCAAGGGGCCGUCCCCCGCGUCCCAAUUCUUCUAGGCACAAACUUCGACGAGGGUGUCGGCUUUGGUCAGAUCGGAGUCAAUACCACAGAGCAGUUUCUUGACGCUAUUCAGAAAAGCCAGGCAAGCAAAGCCGCUGCUCUGGAGAUCGCCGCUGUCUACCCUGAGGACCCGGAUGUUGGUAUUCCCGCCUCGCUCCAGCACCGCCCUUCCGGCAACCUUACUUAUCUCGGAGCCCAGUAUAAGCGCAUGGCGGCCUACGGGGGCGACUUGAUGAUGCACGCGCCGCGUCGUUUCUUUGCCCGCGCUUUGGCAGCUUAUAACCAUACAGUUUAUAACUACCACUGGAAUGUGGUUACCGGAAGCCCUGAACAGGGCGCCAAUCAUUUCGCUGAAGUUCCGGUUGUAUUCAACGAUGUGUCCCAGUUCAAGGAGCACCCCAAAUUCAGCCAAUUUUCACGGCAUGCGGACACCAUGUCAAUAACCUGCCAGAAAUGGCCAACGUACCGGGUAAAUAACAUGAAGAACUUUGUUUUUGACGUCAACAUCGAUGAUUUGGUCCAUGAUGAGCCCGACGACUACAGAGAGGCUGCAAUGAGGAAGCUGACGGGCAUCAUGUUUUCCAUCACUCGCAGACUAAGCACGUGA